AUGGAACAAUAUAAGGCUCGGUUACUCAGACUGGUUCAAUCCGGUCGAUUUGAAGACACUGACAUUGAUCAGCUGAGAGUCCUAAUCAUUAAAAGUUGUAAAACAAAGGAACAACUUACCGAUAUAGUUGAUUUCUUCGAUGACCUCAGAAAAAAAGGUCUCGCUUACGGGCCAUACAGCUCUAGUACCCUCUUACAUCAAUUGGCCCAGUUCAAAAUGGUCAAGACUGCCCAACGAACUUUUGUUAAUAUGAUUGCUUCCGGGUUCAAACCAAACCUCUGGACAUACAUGCCGAUAAUAAACAUGUUAUGCCGCCAUGCCUUGGUUCCGGAAGCAGAAUCAUAUCUAGAUCGGAUGUUAAAGUUUGGCGUGUGUCCCAAUGUGUACGUCUUCACAUCACUUAUUCUCGGUUAUUGUAGAGACAAGGAUAUCAAAUCCGGGUUUAGGGUGUGGAAAGAAAUGACGGAUCAAGGAAUUACACCAAAUACCUUGACAUACAACCAUUUAAUAAACGCGUUGUGCCAUGUCGGGAGGGUUGAUGACGCCCUAGACAUGCUAAACACAAUGAUCGGGAAUGGUAUUGAACCCACUGCUCGUACCUUUACCCUCCCGAUUUCCUCAAUGCGUGAAGCAGAUAUGGCAAUGAAGACUUUGGAUCUGGUGGUUAUCAUGAGAAAGAGGGGUUGUCCCCCAAACGCCGAGCACUACUCGCCUCUUAUCGGUGGGUUGUUCAAAAUCAGCCAACCGAAACUAGCCAUAGGCGUUCACCACCAUACGGUGAAAAGUCGAAUGAUUCCUCUAAACACAAGCACCUAUAAUGAUCUCUUACACGGAUUAAGGACAACAAGGAUGUUUGAUGCUGCCUUGAUGAAUUUUGAUUGGAUGGAGGGACACAAUAAUUUGUCAAAUAGCAUAACGUAUGGUGAAAUCAUAAGGGUGUGGUGCUUGAUAGGAAACCUCAACAAGGGUAUGAUGCUAUUGAGCAAAAUGACCAACGUAGACCCUUUGCCAACGGUUGUUUCUUAUAACAUCCUGAUGUAUGGAUGCAUCGAGCAAAUGGAUCUACAGAAUGCAGUAAGAUUAUUGAGUUUGAUGAAGGAAAAUGGAUUGAAACCAGAUCAAAGGACUUACGUUGUACUCAUUAACGGAUUUUGCAAAGCAGGGGACCUUGAUAGAGGUUUAGCUCUUUUUGGAGAAAUGGUGGAGCAAAAGGUGAUACCAAAUGAGUAUCAUUAUACCCCUUUAAUAGAUGCUCACAUCAAGCAAGAUCAAGUAGAAAUUGUCCUCUUUUUGCUAAGAGAAGAAGGUUGCAGGCCAGAAGCUGAAGUUUACAAUUCAAUUAUAGAUUGUUUUUUGUAA